UAAACCACUAGAUUUUUUUUAGUUCGAAACAAUUGUGUUUUAAACCAAUCAAAAGAUAAAAUAUACAAUUUAAUUCAUUUUUGAGCCGAAAGCCAGCUGUUUGAGUUAGUUACGUAAAUGCGGUAGGAAAGUGAGGAAUAUGUUUUAAAAAAAAUUUGAUACAAUCAGCAACAAAUAACAACAAAAAGAUAUCAAUAAAUAAAAUAAAUUAACCAAUAAAGAUAAGAUGACAACGAAUGAACGAUUUCUAGAAAACACACUUGAAAAAGUGAUCAACAUAUUAGCAUCUCUAAAAGAAAACCGAGCUCGCACAAAUGAAAAUCUUUCAAAGGAAUUUAAUGACAGUUUUUUCCCAACUCCUCCAAGAAGUACGUCAUCUUCUCCUGCCGAGAAAAUGUUAAAUAAUGAUAUUAAAAGAAUAGAUACAGGGGGAAGUAAUAGUUUCUUGUCAAAUGAUCCGUUAUUUACGCUUUCUUCCAAUUCUAUUUCAUCUGAAAAAGACAUAACGUUUGCUAGUGAAACAAAUAUUGCUGUUAAGAAAAAUAAAGACACUCAAAAUGAAAUAAAGAAAACCCAUAAAUGUAGCUAUGAAAACUGUUCUAAAAGUUAUGGUAAAAGUUCUCACUUAAAAGCGCAUAUAAGAAUUCACACUGGGGAAAAACCAUUUGUUUGCUCCUGGAAAACAGGAAAUAUUGCUUGCGGAAAACGAUUUGCUCGUUCCGAUGAACUUUCAAGACAUCAUCGUGUACAUACAGGUGAAAAAAAUUAUGUUUGUUCUGUCUGCUCGAAGCGUUUUAUGAGAAGUGACCAUUUAUCAAAACAUGAGCGUCGACAUGCUGAUUUCAAUUCUUCUACUAAUAUAAGUAGUGCCCCUCGACAAAUAGAAAAUGUUUUUUCCUCAUUUGCCUUGAACAAUACGAUGAAAACAAUUGAGUUUAAAUAUAACGAUAUUUUCACGCCAAAACAAGUUAUUUCUUGUCAAAGGAGCGAAACAAAAUUUUAAAAAGUUAAAAACGAAAUUUAAAAACAAGAGAAGUAUUGUACAAAAAAAAAAAAAAAACACAUUUAAAGUUUCAGCAGUUUUAUUUUUCUAAACAAUAAAUAGUUUCGUUAAACUAUUUAUUGUUUAGAAGGAGUUAUCUACUUUUGCGAAAGAUUUUUAAUACUUCAUUUCUUAAUAUGAAAAGAUUUUACAUUAUAAUAA